GGCGGCGGCGGCCGUGGGUGCUCCACACAAUGUCCCACAUCCUGUGCGAGUGGCUCAACCAGGAGGUGAAGCUCUCCCGGCGCAUCGUUCCAGGAUCAUUUCCAGAAGAAUUUUCUACUGGCUACCUCCUAGGAGAACUUCUACACAUAUAUGGUCUUCAGGAUGACUUUAAACAAUUUUCACAGAACAGAGAUGCAGAUGCAAAAAUUAACAAUUUUUCUCGCCUGAAACCCACCCUUUACCUGCUUGGUGUGCAGUUUAAUGAGAAUAUGGCCCAAGACAUCAUGACAAGACAGCAUGGGGCUGCAAAACAUCUUUUAUAUGAAUUGUAUAUUGCUUUGGAAAAAAAGAGGAAGGCAAAGCUCACUGGAGUUGCAGUGGAAGCAAUCAGACCUGCAGCAACUGCAAAGCUUAAGUCUACUCAAAGUGGAAAUCGAGAGAGAGCUCAUGUUCAUGUUGCAGAGCAGGUGAGAGCUCAGAGCUUCCAAUAACAGCGAAGAGCCCAAGACACUGAAAAACAUUACAUAGGAAGGAGACAAAAUGAAAUGGCCAGGAUUCAAACAGCUGUUAUACAGACUCAAAAACAACCAUCAAGACCCACCAUAAAAUCUUUUGAAGCCAAAAGAUUCUUAAAGAAGAAAAGGGAAGCAGAGACUGUAUACGAGGAGAUAGAAAAGUUUGAGAAGUCUUUGAAAGGAAAUGCCUCUGCAGUCCACAGCCAUGUGACUGACAGUGAUAUGCAAGAAUUAUUACAAACAGAGAAGUUUCCAGAAACAAGUCUAGAAACCAUACCAGAGACAAAAACUGAGCUGUUAAAUAUUUAUUCAGAUGAUGAAUAUAUAAGGAAAAUUCAUAAACGUGUAGAGGAAGAUAAAUUCUCUAGAGAACAACGAGCAAAGAGACGACGAAAAAUGCUAAUGGAUCAGUUAGCAGCACACGAGGCUCAAGAGAAGGCUUACCGGGAGGAGCAGCUUAUUUACAGACUAAUGAAGCAAUCUCAGAAUGAGCGCAGGAUUGCUGCUCAACUCAUGCAUGUUCGGCAUGAAAAAGAGGUGCUAAGGCAAAACAGAAUUUUCAGGGAAAAGCAAUAUGAAGAAAGACGACAGAAGGAGUUCCAGGAAGCUCUUGACAGAGAAGCGGCUCUUGCAAAACAAGAAACAAUUGAUAAUGAAGAACAAAUAACCAGAGAAAGAGAACACCAUAUGAAAAUUGCUGCUGAAAGAGCUCAGGCACGCUAUAAAAAGCAUUACUCUAUAUGUUGGGAAAUGAUAGACCAAAUCAUUGAUUUGUCAACAAAAAUAGGAGAAUAUCGUCAACUGACGAACAACCGUGUUCCACUAAAACUGUUGCUGGAUUGGAAGGAACUUUUUCUAAAUGGAAAACCAAUAUAUGAACAAGCCUCAAUUCAACCUUUGCCAGAUGAACCUAGCCCAGAACAACUAGUAGAGCUGAACAAAAUGAGUCUGUUAGAUGAAAAAGAUUAUGGUGAAUACAAGAGUAUGACAGGGGAAUGGAGCCCAACUGAAGAGAACAGUGAAAACAAACCUCCUCUUAAUAAUAACAUAUUGGGUCAUGUGCUUCAUAGACUGAUGGAGAUGUUCUAUCCUCCAAAACCCAAAUCUUCACCUGAAUUUCCUUCAUUUCCUGUCAAGGGAUGUAUUUUGGGAAAAUUAUUUAGUGGAAAAACUACCUGUGCAAAGUUUAUUGAAAAAGUUUGCAAUAUUCAGGUACUAUCUGUUGGUACUCUGGUUCAGGAAGCCAUUGAAGCUUUUCUUAAAAAUGAAAUGAAAAGUGAACACAGCAUGAUUUCACAGGAAUCAGAGAGUUCUGGAGAAAAAAAUGAGGUCCAGGAGAACUUACCAAAUUCACCACCAAAUCUUCUAGAGGAGCUCCAAACAGAAACCACCACAGAACCUAUUUUAGACAAUUGUCCUGUUGAAAAGGAUCCAUCCCAGGAAGAAUUUGAAUUAGAUAACAGUCAGGAUGGCCUAUCCAAGCUAUCUGUACGUGCCCAACUUGGUGCUGCAUCACAGAAAUGGUUGAAGAGCGGAAAAAGUGUUCCCGAUGAAUUACUAAUUGACAUCCUGUUGGAAGCCAUUAUCAAAAUACCACCAGAGAAGGGGUGGAUUGUAGAAGGGUUUCCAAUGACAAUUAACCAGGCAAAGCUAUUUGAAAAAUCCUAUACAGGGAUUGAUGUAGAAGCAAAAGAUCCAAUUUCUGAAAAGCUGUCCCUUGCUAUAAAUCCCAGAGCUCCUAACAAGCCUCCUCCUACCUCACCUGCAUUUGAUGUUUCCAUAUUAUUGGAUAUUUCAGACAGUCUGGUACUGAAACGUGCAGCUAAUGUGAAGUUACCUAAAAGAAGGUCAUCUCAGGCUGAAUGGAGCAGCAGUCAAAAUCCAGACACUGAAAUUGUAGAAGAGAAGAUUGAUUUGGCCAGGGAGCAGAUUCUACAUAGAAUUUCAGGCUUCCUAAAGACAUGGCCAAAAUUGGAGAAAUGGUUUUCAAUCCAUCAAAACACUCUAGUGAAAGUAAAUGCGGAGACAGAAGAAGGUCUUGUGUGUGAAACAGUGAAGGAAAUAAUAGAAGAAAUUGUGAAAAUUCAGAAUAGAAGUAAUGUACAUUUGGAUCAAGGGUCUGCUAAAGAAGUAGCACCAGAAGAAGAAAAGGUUUUACCAGUUACAGAUGAAGAACAGCCUCCUCCCUCUCCUGAGACACCACCACCAAUUGAACCAGGAUCAGAUGAAUGGAUUUAUGUAGAUGAACCACUUCCCCAGGAGAUAAUUGCUUUUUUAGUACCUUACUGGGAAAUGGUAGAAAAUACUUAUAUGAAUACAAUCAAAACUGUACUUCGAUGCCUGAGGGAUGAACAGUACACUAUAAUUCAUUACACAGCAGAUAUUAGAAAAAAUUUUCAAGAUUAUUUGAAACGUCCACAUUUUAAGCAGGAGUUUGUAUCUCAGUGGCAAACAGAUUUUAAUUCAAUUGCUAGCGACCUGCAAGAUGAUGAGGAAACAAAAGCUGAACUACACCAAAGGGUUACUGACCUAAGAGAUCUUCUCUGGGAUAUCUGUGACAGAAGAAGGGAAGAAGCAGAGCAGGAACGUAUUGGUAUCAUGAAUGAAGAGUGGUUACCAGAUCGUAGGGAGAUUGCAAUGAACCAUUUCUUUACACUUAUGCAGGCUGAACUGGAUCGUUUCCAAGAUACAAAAAGACUUCUUCAUGACUAUUAUAGGGCAAUGGAAGGAAAAAUCCCAACAGAAGAUGCUCAAGAUUUUACUAGAAUCCCAUUGUUAGAUAUUAAUGAAGAGCAGAAGAAAGAUCAAGAUGAAUCAAGAAGGAUUCCUCUGGUUUCUUCGAAACUACCUUCACCAGGUAAUACCAAGUCAGAAAAGAGUAAAACUCAGAAGAGUCUUAAGGAUAAGAAUUCUGAAAAUGGAGUGAUCACUUGCAGGAAUGAUGAAAAUAUUAUUAUUGAUACAUGGCAAACAGCAGUAACAGCAGUGUCAGAUAUGGUAACAGCUGAAAUAGAGUUUAGAGAAAUGGAGGAAGAAAAAGAACUUCAGCUAAAACAGAAAGCUCCGAAAGCUGCACAGAAGCAAGCAGGCAAAUCAUCUGGGAAAGAUACCAAAGGUUCCAAAAAAUCUUCCAGAUCACCUAAUAAAAAAAAAGCCACUCCAGCUCCUAUAGACCCAGAAGAAUUAAGGAAAGAAGAGAUAGCACUUAAAAUAAAGCAAGAAUAUUUCAGUGCCUUGAAACAUGAGGAGGCAGCCACAAAAUCUCGGCUAGAACUUAUAAAAGAAAAGGCUUUAGCAUUUCUUGUGGAUCUAAAAUUUAAAGCAGAAGAGGCUUAUAAAGAUAUGGAAAAUUGGCUUGCAUCCAUGUUCUUGGAGGAAGUAUCAAGUGUUGAAAAACUGGUAGAGGUUGCACGACAUCAUAUUGAGAGUUCUAGCAAAAUCCACUAUGAAAUGACUUUAGAAGGUACAGAUUUCUUCAUCAAUAGCGAUGUAAAAAUGGUUCCUGACCCUGUUCCUGACCCUGUUCCUCCACCAGAAUUUCAACGCAUAGAAAUCUCUGGAAGUAGUACUCUAACUAUUUCACAACUUACUACACUUCAUAAGCAGUUUCUACAGCUGGCACCUAAAGGUUUUAUACCAAAGAAAGUAUUUAUUGAGACUGUUAGUGGCUUGGUUAAUUUGAAUCUUGGACUAAAUUGCUUUCCUGAUGCAUGGAAGAGCUUAACACUUGCAGAUUUAGAAAAUAUGGCAUCUGAAUUCACAGUGAACUCAGAACUUACUGACUGGCGCAGAUUCUUGCUGGCAGCAGCACAGCCUUGGCCUGUGCCAUCUGUGACACAACUCCUCCAAACACUGCAUUUCUUCCAGUCUGUUGAUGUCACUGGAUCAGGCUUCAUUACACAGGAACACUAUUCACAGGUUGGCUUAUGGUUUAAUGGAAAUGAAGAUCUAAACAUAACAGAAAGUUGCGAGGAACCUGUGUCUUUAGAAAGGCUAAACCACCUCAUAAAGUUUUUCUUCAGUUUAUUUGCGGAUACCAAAAAAGACAUUGCUCUGCUGGACUAUAUCGAGAUGCUGCUUUAUUUCGCCUCCCAUUCUGAUCCAGUUGAGGGUGUAUACAGAGCACUUAGCAUUGCUACUGGAACAUAUAUUCACAGAAGAAAGAAAGCUUCCCUUCCAUGUGUGGAUUCUUCAAGCCCUAACAUAUUGUCAAAUGAAAAGACUUUAAUAGAGGAUGAAAAAGAAGUCUUGAAUGACACAGGUGAAGGAAUUAUUUCAGUGGCAUCUCUACUCAAAGUGUUUCAUACUGGAGGAAGUAAAGAUGAAGACUAUCAUAGAUUUAGCUGUCUGAAGAAGGCAGACAGCUAUGAUAAGCAUUUCAUUAAGAUGUACCAAGAAUUAGGUGCUGAAGAUCUGACGCCCAUUGCAGUUGAACUCCUUUUGAAGCAUCCUUUCAUGGAAGAUUUGAUCAACACAUGCCAAGAAUACAAACUUCCUGAUAUUAAAGUCUUUCUCCAAAAAUCCAAAGAAGCAAAAUCAAUUGAUGGGGAGCAAAACAGCAAAGAAGAGCUGGAAAGACCUGUUAGUCCCAUAUGGCUACACAGUAGAGACUCACUGUCGCAGCAAUCACUCAUAAACAAUUGCCAUGUGGAUGAUGAUAAUAAUAAUGAGUAUGAGAAUAAUAACAAUAAGAGUGAUGAUGAUGAUGAUGAUGAUGAUGAUAUUAAUAAUGAUAUGUCAAACAGUGUUCUGCUGUGCUGUGUAGAGCUGCUGGACCCCACACCUGAAGAUCUCUGUUAA